CAAAAAAGACAAGUGUUCGAGGACCACUCUUUUCUGAUUCUUCACCUGAACAGAACCGCCGCCGCAGACGACGCACGGCGAGGGGAGGCGAGCGGGGAUGGCGAGGAGCGUGUCGUACGUGUCGGCGGCGAAGCUGGUGUCUAUGGCGCGCGGCAAUCCCCGCGUCGCCAUCAUCGACGUCAGGGACGAUGAGAGGAGCUACCAGGCGCACAUCGCGGGGUCGCACCACUUCGCCAGCGGCAGCUUCGCGGCGCGGAUGCCGGAGCUGGCGCGGGCCGCCAGCGGCAAGGACACCCUCGUCUUCCACUGCGCUCUCAGCCAGGUGCGAGGUCCAACAUGUGCUCGGAUGUUCUCGGACUAUCUAUCAGAGACCAAGGAGGAUUCAGGGAUAAAGAACAUCAUGGUACUGGAGCGCGGUUUUAACGGAUGGGAGGUUUCAGGGCAGCCUGUUUGCCGCUGCACCGACGCUCCUUGCAAAGGGACGUGCUCUUGACCACACAAGUUCCAUCUCUCAGGCCUUCAACGAUCGGCAUGGUCUCCGUUUCUGCUCUCGCUUACAUCGCCUCAUUGAAAUUGUAACACACGACACAGCUCAUUGGGUUAGCUGGCAAUGCCAAUUUGUGGGAACUUCGUUGCAUAACUACCACCGUGCUGUCAGAUACAAUACAGUACUACAGUACAAAACACUCCACGAUACUGAUUCAUUUCAGAUUGGCUGCAUAGUGGAAACUGUUUUUGCUUCCGCCUGUA